CCUCCUCCCCAAAUAGAAGAUGAGUGGGAACAGCGUGUUCGAACCACACAGAUGACUUUUUGGUCAAGCGGUGAUGGGCUCGGUUAAAAAAGACAACAGGCUAACUAGUUGGCAAAGUUUCUCGUGCGUCGCCUUUGCGGGGUUAUUCAGCAAAAGCGUCACGUCGCCACUGGAAGUGGUGAAGAUUAAAAGUCAGGUGGGAACAUUUCACUGUAAAAAAGGCUUCGGACAGACUUUUCUCCUCAUCUACCACAAUGAGGGACUCCGAGGCUUUUGGAAAGGAAACCUCGCCUCUUGUUUUCGCUUGUUUCCCUACACGGCAGUCCACCUGGCGACCUACAGAAAGAUCGUCCACCUCCACCUAGACAGAGCGGGCGUCAUCUCCCAGGCGAGGGCCAUCGUGGCGGGGGGGCUGGCGGGCGCGGUCGCCGCCUUGCUCACGUACCCUCUGGAGGUGGCCGAAACCAGGCUGGUUGUCCAGAACUGCGUGGAGCCUUCCUACGUGGGCGUGCUGCGCACGCUGGCCAAAAUCCAAAGCGCCGAAGGCCUGCCGGCCCUGUACAGGGGAUUUUCGCUCACCGUCUUGGGUGCCUUUCCCUUCUCCCUGGGAUGCUACCUGGUGUACACCAACGUGGACAAAGUGUGGCGGGAACCCCCUUUCCGCUUUUCGGCUCUGCAGAACUUCAUCAACGGUUGCUUGGCGGCAGCCGUGGCGCAAACCCUCUCCUACCCGUUUGAGACCGUCAAACGCAAGAUGCAAGCGCAGAGUUCCCGACUUCCGCAUUAUGGCGGCGUGGACGUGCAUUUCAACGGCGUGACCGACUGUUUCGUCCAGGUGGUGAAAAACAAGGGCGUCUUUUCUCUCUGGAGCGGACUUACCGCAAACACCAUAAAGAUCGUGCCUUACUUCGGACUCCUCUUUGUCUGCUUCGAGUUGUGCAAGCAGCUUUGCCUGUACCGCAACGGUUACAUCGUCUCGCCGUUGAGCUACGCGCCGGCGCCCGGCGUGGACCAGAGCCUGGGGCCGGCCGAGCUCCGGGAAGUGGAACGCUACCUGAGGAACAGGAGCUUUCGCUCCGACAUGGGAAACCGUUGGUGAUACGCCUUACCUUUCAUAGUGGACCUAUUUAUUUAUUUGCAUUUUCUUUUAACUUAUUUACUCAUUAAUGCAACUUUUGUGUGUGUGUUCUUAUUUAAUUGAACACUUUCUAUGCCAUUGACAGUGUAGACAGCAAACCCAUUUUGACUGGGGAUAUUCAGUGGCCCCUCCCAUUCAAAUUGGACGUCAAUGGCGGCCAGUAUUAACACCUACUGAUUUUUGUUGAAAUUAGCUGCUGUUUUAAUCCAUUAUGUGCCUUAAUCUGAAUUCAUAAAACAGCUUUAUUGCUGUAUAUUGAUGCUUGAAUAUUUGAAACUGCUGUCUUUUGAUAGAUGCCAUUUUGUAUCUAACAUUUUUUUGCCGGUUGAAUCAAUAAACUGUUCAUAAAAGGUUA